UGAGAUCGGGCUCGGUUUUCAAAAAGUCUGGAGAUGUGAAACGCUUGUAAACAAAGACCAAACGAAGAAUUGGAGAUCCACAUAUUUGGUAAAAUAACCAAAAUUAUGGAAAAUGGCGAUGAAAAAUGUUUUCUCAACGCCUGAAUAUAGACAAGAUAGAUUGUUAGAGGAAUGGUGGACUAGCUGUGAACAGGGAAACCUUUUAUCUGCACUGAAGAAACAUUUGAGAACAUUUGUUCUCUGUGUCUAUGGCAAUAACCAUGACUCAACAAAGGAAGAACGACUGGCAAACAAGUUCCUCUUUCGGCCGAUGGAGUAUUUCUUAUGUCGAGAGGACCCAGAGGUUGUGUUUGAGGAACUCAAGGCCAAAAAUAUGCCGUCACAGCUUUGUGGAAAGGUCUUCAAGACAGGAGAGCCAACCUAUUCAUGCAGAGACUGUGCAAAUGACCCCACAUGUGUUCUGUGUAUAGACUGCUUCCAGAAUGGUGCACAUAAAAACCAUAGAUACAAGAUGAAUACCUCAGGGGGUGGUGGAUACUGUGAUUGUGGGGAUCAAGAGGCCUGGACUUCACACCCCUUCUGUGACAUUCACUCCCCCAAUGUGGCCCACCAGGAAGAACAGAACCCUAUUGAAACUCUGCCUGUAGACCUGACUGAUAGGGCUAGUGCAUUGUUCAUGGCCACACUGCAGUAUAUUGUGGAAAUUCUGAUUUGGGGUCAAUGUGAUAAUUUGCCAUCAGAUCUCCAGCCAGAGGGAGAACUGCAUGACACUUACAUCACUAUGCUGUUCAAUGAUGAAGUGCACACUUAUGAUCAGGUAAUAAAGACACUACAGAGAGCUGUCAAAAACUGCACUGCUCAACAAGCCAGAGAGUUUGCUACAUUAGUGGACAGAGAGGGUCGAGCCAUGGUGUAUGGUGGUUGUUUUGCUUCAUGUGAACAGUGUAGGAGUAUUAUAGAUCAAAGCACCUCUAGACAUAACAGCAAGCCUUUGAAGGUCCAGGUCAUGCACACUGUUGUGGUGGCCCACCAGACCUUCUGCCUUAAACUUAUGGUGUGGCUUCAAAAAAUGAUCGAAAAAUCAGAUGGAUUGCGGAGAUUGUUUUGUCUCCUGAGUAUGAAGCCCCAGGAAGAUGGCCAGUCAUUGAUGGAAAAACUUCUACUCCAUGACACACAGUUAUGGAAAGUGGCAAGAGUAUUGAGUCACCAACUUCUGAUGGCAGGGGUCUUAAUGGAUCAAGAAUGCAAGAAACAGUUUGCUAUUAUAUUUACAAAGUGGUAUCCAUAUGUGAUGCGUGACUUUGCUCGUGAUGACCAUGAUCACGAUGUCUGCGUUGCCUCUCUCUCAGUACAAAUUUACACGGUUCCCAGUCUGCAUUAUUCCCUGCUAAUGUCGGAGUUUUUGCUGGACACCCAUUAUCGCCCAGUCUCCAUUACCUCUCUCUCUGUUCAAAUUUUUGCCGUAGGAACAGUGGCUCGGAUGUUGGUAACGGAUCACGAUUUGUUGAGUGUUAUUCUGGUUCCAUUUCUGGAGGCCUGUGAAGAGAAGAAAAAUGUUCAUGGUGUACUGACUUUGAGUAAAGCAGAACGGAAUCCCUCAUUUAAACGAGCCUGCUUUAUGCUUUAUGAUCUCAAGUAUGCCCUGAUCUGUAAGCCAGCUUCAGAUGAGUGGAAUGACAAACUGAGGAACAACUUCCUCAAGGGACAUGAAUCCUUUCUCAAACUACUGAAAUUGAUGCAGGGUAUGGAUGAAGUGAAACGGCAGACUGGGAUGCAUCUUGAAUAUGAACCUGAGUGGGAGGGAGCAUUUAACCUUCAGAUGAGAGUGGAUGAUGUCAUUGCCUCAUUCACAGAGUGGUGCAGCACUGAUAGAACUGUAUUUAUAGAAGCUUAUAGAAAAACUGCCCAGAUGUUAUUGCAAUGUAGAGACAAUUCUCAAAAAUCAGAGCAGCACACAGUGUGUGGACAUACAGUGAAGUGCUUGAAGUAUGAUGUGCUAAGUAAGGCUGUCUCGAUACAUCUUCCUCUCAGCCGUUACCUGGCAGGGCUUCAUGUGUACAUGGGAAAGUUUCACUUGCACUUUGGAUGUCCAGAAUUGAAUGUGGAGAAUCUGGAUCCUGUAAAAAUGAUUGAACCACCGCUGAGAGCUCAAGUAAUGAUUGCUCAGAGCCAAGCUGGUUUGUGGAGAAGGAAUGGAUAUGCACUGCUGAACCAGAUUUAUUUUUACCACAAUGUGAAGUGUAGACAGGAAAUGUAUGAUAAAGACAUUCUAAUGCUGCAGAUUGGAGCUUCUGUUAUAGAUGGUAAUGAAUUCUUGAUUCACUUACUGAACAGAUACGGACUUCUGGUGUGGAUCAAACCAGAGUAUGAUGUGCCCACGGGGCAAGAUGAUAAUGUACGUCAGACCAUCAUGUUAGCUGAGGAGUUUCUAAACCUAGUGCUCAUUAUAUUAGGUGAGAGAUUUGUACCAGGAUUGGGACAGGUCACCAGGGAGGAUGCCCUUAAACGAGAGAUAAUCCAUCUACUGUGUAUAUCCGCAAUGUCCAACAGCGAACUCUCCAAAAAUCUGCCAGACAAUACUAACCUAGAGACAGGCAUAGAGGAUGCUAUUCAUGCAGUUGCAAACUUCAGAAAACCAUCAUCUAUAGGGGCAGCAGGAUCAGGGAAAUUUGAACUGAAGAAAGAGUGCUAUAAAGAAUUUAACCCGUACUUCUACCAUUAUUGUCGGACUGACCAGUCACAGGCAGAGGAGUCACAAAUCAAAAGGAAGAAAGAGGAAAAAUCUGAAAGCCACACCUUACCUCCUCCAGUUCCUCCUCGAUUUGCCCCCCAGUUUGUCCAGAUAGUGAACCUCCUCCAGUGUGAUGUCAUGAUCCACAUUCUCAGCCUCAUUCUUCAGAGAAGUGUUGCAAUGCGAUCUAGAUCCUGGUCAGAGACACAGCUGGAUAGGGUUCUGCAUUUGAUUGGUUUGGCACUGCAUGAACAGAAGAGAAGUAUUCAGGAUGGAAACAUUGCCUUUGAUUUCAUUGGCAAGGCUCUUAAAGGUCAGCCAAAUUUGAUGAAGUUACUGGAGUCUCUGGUAGCUGAUCCGAAGAAUAUUUCCCAUGAUUCCACGAAAGAUCUAUUGUCCUGGAUCCUUCAGAUGUUUAUGGAAGUGAGGCAGAUGACGAGUUUAGCUGAGGCCCGAGGCCCCACAGAACAGCCAACCACUUUCAAUAAGGAGGAGAAUGAGGCAGCAAAGAAAAGGAAAGCCAGACUGGCCGCCAAGAGGAAAGAGAAAAUCAUUGCCAAAAUCUCACAAAUGCAGCAGAACUUCAUCCGGGACAACGCUGAGCUGUUUGAAUCGACUGAUGCUGAUACCUCUCUCAUGCAUGGCACUUCAGAAAUGGACAUCAGUGAAAGUGCUCAUCAUGAAUCCCCAGUGGCUGUGGGUAAAUUUAAAAGUCUUCCCUGUAAUAUUGGCAUUACCAAGGCGACCUGCAUUCUGUGUCAAGAAGAGCAGGAAGUCUCGCACAACUCCAGGGCCAUGGUGCUGGCAGGUUUUGUUCAGAGAUCAACUGUAAUGUCGCAAUGUAAAAACAAAGACCCUCCUGAUGGAGAGAAGUCAGAUCCCCUCUUCACGAGUUCAGAUCUCCAUGUUGGAAGUUUUGCAAACUCCUGUGGCCACACCAUGCAUGCAGACUGCUGGCAGAGUUUUUUUCAAGCGAUUCUAGUCAAGGAGAGACGCCGCCUGUCACGAAUUCCUCACUCCCUGAGUUAUAACAUUGUCCAGUUAGAAUAUCUCUGUCCUCUCUGUGAAAGCCUAAGCAAUACUGUGAUACCCCUAGUACCUGCUUUACACACCCUCGUUUCUGAAAGUGAUAUUAGUGAUGUAGAUUUGAGUUUUGGAGACUGGUUAGAUGGAUUACAGAAAACGGUGGAGAACUCCAUGAAACAGGACACAAGUGCCAGUAAAGAUGACCCCUUUCCUUUCUUGCUUUGUUCACUGAGCAGUAUUACCAAAAUGAUGGCAGACAGUGUGGCCAGCAAUUUUCAGUUACUAUGGCAAUAUGUCAGCUAUGCUUCAGGAGGUCGCUUCAGUGAAAGUUUGAUGGAGAUGAUGAAGAAAUUUGCUAAAGAUGUCUACUCUUUUGGAUUGAGUGUAGAUCCAGAUGAUUUAAACCACAGGGUCCCUAUCAUGGCAUGGAAUACAUGUGCAUAUACAAUUGUCAACCUCGAGCAAUACCUAAGAGGUGAAGGAAAACCAUUGUUUGGCUCCUCUCCCACCAGAAGUGUAGACUGUAUCAAUGCUCUGGUCAAGUUUGCAGCAGUGUGUGGCCAUGUCAUGCCUCAGAAAAUCAUCAAGAAACAUUGUUUGCGGCUUCUUUCAGGAGUAUUGAGCAGUGGUCUAGAGAGAGGCAACGACCCCCAGUGUAUACUGGACAUUGAUCUGUUCCACUACCUGGUGGCUGUUACAAUGGCACUACCCAGUCUCUACACAGAGGGAGCCACCAGUAAUGCUCUACCACUGAACAGCCUGAAUAACCAAUACAUACUGAAGCUGGUGUUUACAGCCCACAUCGUACAAGCCAUGCUUCUGUCUGAUAGACUGACAGAACAUGAAGCUGCUGUGAAGAUGGAAAAUGAUGCUGAGUCCAUUGCUCUCAUGUCUAUUUAUACAGAAAUCAGGAGAAAAGCAGGGUGCCUCCCACCCAGUAAUUCUGAUCCAUUACCAUGGCAAUUUUCCAAACACAUAAAGGAUGCAGUUCUGCCAUUCCUUAGAUGUGCAACUGUACUGUACCAUAAUCUGACUGGGGUCCCUAUCCCAGCCAGACUUCAAGAGUGGACUGAGGAGACUGAUGCAUUCUGUUCUUACCUAUCCCUGCCAACAAAUUUCUCUGAAUUAUUCCUCAGCCAAGGAGAACUACUUGAGGGAUUAAUCAAUCGAUGGUGCAGUAGUGACAUCUUAAGAGCGAGGCUAUCCUCCGCUACUUCCCAGUCUCUGGUGUCCUACCCUCUCUCCGUGAAUCACCUUAUUCACCUGCCAGACGACUACAGUCAAUUGAUCAAUCAAAUCUCUUCGUUCACAUGUCCAAGCUCUAAUGGCAAUGACAGCCAGCUGCCCACCAUGUGCUUGGUGUGUGGGGUUGUUGUUUGCUCUCAAAGCUAUUGCUGUCAAACUGAGAUCAAGGACACCAAAGUUGGAGCUGCAACAGAGCACACACUCAGGUGUGGGUCGGGGAUGGGAAUCCUGCUCAGGGUCCGAGAGUGCCAAAUAGUUCUCUUAGCUGGAACAAAGGGCUGCUUCAUCCCUGCUCCAUAUGUUGAUAGCUAUGGAGAAACAGACCAGGGAUUAAGACGUGGUAAUCCUCUCCAUUUGUGCAAGGACAGCUACAAAAACUUGCAAAAAAUGUGGUUUACCCAUUGCAUCCCAGAAACAGUGGCUCACAACAUAGAAUCUCACAUGAACUUGAUGAGCAUUCACUGGCAACACCUUUGAUAUUAGCUAAUAACUUAAGCCAACUGGUAACAACUGUGUGUCAUGGAAUACAACACAGCCUUUGUAGAGGACAGGUGUGGGGAGGGAUGUGUGGAGUUAGCCACAUUGUUCACAUUUUAUUUUCAUUUGAUGCAAUCUGUUAGGGUUUUUUCUCUCUUGUUAUUUCUCUUGAAUUUUUGUGAUUUAUAUUUGUUGAAAAUGAGAAUAUUUGGAGCAUGUAUGCAGAUUUUUUUUCUUCUAAGGUAUAAAGGGAUAGACAUGUAUACUAAUGAUGGUGGAAUUCUAAGUUACUUUAUGUGCAUAUAUCUAAAUGUUUAAUCCACUGUAUACUAAAUAUAAAACCAUAGAUUGUAUUCAGGACCUCAAAAAAUUUCAGGUAUUUUGAUUUUCUGAAUGACUGCCAAAGGAAUGUCUUUUAAUUAAAUUUGUGUACAUGAUAUGAUAAUAGUGGUUGAUUCAACUGAGCAGAAAAAGGUACAUAGUGCAGUUAAAUCUAAUUUGGGUAGAAUGCAUGUUCAGAAAAAAAAAUUAUAACAUUUUUGCGAUAUUAUGCCUUUGUUCCUGCAGUCCAAAAGCUUACCCCUAGCAUUCUGUGUUUUACUUCAAUUUCUAGUUCUUUGGUAUUUCUCUCAGUUUUCCAAGUUUUAAAGAGGUUCAAUGCCCAAUGAUUUUCUCUCAGUGUUAUUUUGUACAACACUGUUAAUUCUGAGACAGGAUCUCCAAACCACUGCUUGGCAUCACUGGCCUGCUUAGUUUGUUGGAAUUCUAAUUCAGAAUGUGGAUUUUCAUUUUACUUGUUUAAAAUGUUAUCCAAAAGAGAGUUAGUAUCAAUAGCAGAUGCACUGGUUUUAUUUCUGAAAGUAAAGUAUUGAAACUACCUCUUCACCACUGUUCAUUAUUGCAACAAAUUGUUGACUGACUUUCCUUGAGUGAUUGAAUUAAAACAAGAGUUCAGUUUUUACUGCCACAAAAGAAAAAAAAAACUAUUUCUAUUUCUGUCUACUAAUGGAAUGAUUUCAGAUGGAAAACCAAUGAUGCUUGAAUUGUUAUUGUCUAAUUAUCAGAUCUUCAAGGUACCUUAAACUAUUCAGCAUAUAUCCAAUAUUACAUAUCAUAAAAAGCUCAGGAGUGGUUUAGGACAGCAGAGGGGAGUGUAGUGGGUAGUAAAUGAGGAUUUGCAUAUUUCCCAAAUAUUCAUUAGCUUAAUGCUAUAUCAUACUUGCAAUACAAUUAUGCAAACAAAUUAUAAAUUUACUAAAAUAGUGUUGCUGUUUUCUUUUUUUUUUUUAGUACUGAUAACUAAUGUGCGAUGCAUUUUUGUAGGUGCUCAAAAAGUUUCUUAAAGAUUUCCUGUUUGGUUCAAUUGUUGUCUAUGCUGUUGAAAUAUAGAUUUGGCAUCUUUUGUUUUUGAUUCGAUGAACAUGUUUUGCAUGCUUUGUUUUAUUAAUGUAUUGGAUUGUUAAUUUACCUUAUUAGUGCUCAUUAUGAAAUGUGCUAUUGCCAUGAAGAGUCAUAUAUCACCAUAUAUAAAACUGUUUUACUCACCAUGUUACAAAAUUUUUGUCUUUUCUUUGACAAGUGGUUAUGUCAUCUAUAGUGUACAUGUACUGGCAACACGACUAGUCAAAAUAAGCUAAAACAGCUUAGAAAUUUCAGUUUUAAAACAGAGUAAUGGCAGAGUGCCGUGGAUUGAAAUUUUAAUGCUGGCAUUAUAAAAUAUGCAGAAUUAAACAUGCAUAUCUUUUAACCACUUUCAAGAUUGUGUUGUUUGCUGGUUUAUGGGAUGUUUAUAUGCUUUCCAAUUUUAUUUAUAUUCUGCAGGCAUUCUGUGCACUUUUACCCAGUGAAUCGUUUGAUUUGUAAACAGUGCACAUGUACAGUAGAUUAGAACAGAAAUAAGCUACAUAUACUUUUACAAGUCUUUCAUUAGGCAUGUAUAGUUGCUUGAUAAACACAUUCUUUCUGUAACAUAACAUGUAUACUGUAUAUUUUUCGAUGCAAAAAAAGACAUCAAUGGUUACCUGUUAUACAUGUAGGAGUUUUGUUUAAUAACUAUAUAAAUCUUUUAUGUUGAUCUUAAAUGAUGAUUUCAAACCAUUUAUUUUGGCACACUGAUAUGGUAAGCUUUCAGACUGACAGAAAAGAUCGAUGUAUGUUAAAGAUAUUUUUUCAUUGUUUAUUGAAGUGUUGAAGAAAUAACCUCGUGUGUUGGUACAAAUCUGUCACCAUUAUAUUAUGAAAAUGUAAAAUGCUUACACAUUCUUAAAAUUAAAUAUCUAUGAAAAUUUA